AUGCUCAAUCCAACACGCGAUCGACAAGCUCCAUGGCCACAACGGACACCGUCACCGGCUCCAGCUCCCAUCCCAUCGUCCUCGAGGAUACGCAAAGGCCGACGUCGAUCUCUCUCCGGUCAUGUAGACCGCCAGAUUGAUUCCAGGGAUGGGGGAGAUGUCAUACCGGAUGAGGCGGCAGUCCAGACUUGCGCAGAGGCCGCCGAGGAGCAGUGCCAAUUUUUCUCCGGUAACAACGUUAUAUCCUGUUUCCCCAACUCUUCCACCGUAGUACCUCAGCAUCAGUUCUCAAGCUUUGUCUGGAACACUCGCUUACCCACGCUCACGCAAACGAACCUGGUCAACAUCUAUCUUUUAAGUGCAACGGAGCAAGGACCUUCGCAUAACGACAUAAUAUUACAGUGGAAUAAUGUAGGCAAUCCUCAAGGUCAGGCAGGCUUGCAGUUGGCACAAGUUAACGACUCCUGGUGGGGCGACCGAGGGAAUGAGUGGAAUGGCAGCGACCUGCCUUUCCUCUUCCAGUGGGCCGUCACUCCAGCCUCCCAGACUCUUGAUGAGAAUGUCACUCUUCAACCCAUAUUCACUGGCCUUCGUAAGUUUUUGUCUUCAACACUUAUUCCUCGCACUUGUUCUCAUCAGCUUCCAGAGACGACCUUCGCCGAUUCUGUGGUCGCGUCUAUGUCGUCCACCUCUGCCGCCGCCGCCGCGUCCUCAGCAUCUGCUGCUUCCGCCGCCGCCGGCGCAGGCAGCGGUAACGUCCAAGAUAAUGGAGGCUCUUCAUUCCCACACUGGGCAAUAGCCGUGAUAGUCAUUCUUGGUUUCCUCGCGCUGUUGGCCAGCGGUAUCCUCACCUUCUUCAUGAUGAGGCGCUUACGGAGACGACGCCAGACCAACCUUUCUCACAGGGGGUCUAUGGGCUCCUCGACACCGAUGAUGCGCAAUGCAGAGGCGGGGGAACCUACCUCUCCCGUCAUAGCCUCUGCCUUCGGUGCGGCAGCUUCGAACCAGCGACCGGGAUCACCCGAGAUCCACGACGGCGCAUCGACCGUGUCCCGCGGCAGCGACGCUGCUUUCUUGUCUGGUGCAGACGCGGCUGUCAUGGCCAAUGCAUUCCGUACGGCUCUGCGGAAACCGAACUUUGCUGGUCGGCCAGAAGAAGAAGGUGAAAGCCCUGAAUCGGACCCGCUCAACGCAGGUGGAGACCCUGGUCUGAUCAACAGGGAACUUGCGGAGGAAGGGAGGGACAUUCGGAGUGUCGGCUCCUCGAGAGGCGUAAGGGUAGAGACUCUGAGCGAUGCUGCGGACGACCGGGACACAGUGCAUGAUUUUCCGCGAUAG